AGAAUAUAAUCUGGUAGAAUAGAGCAAAAGGAUAGAAUAGAAUAUUAAUAGAAAUAUUAUCUUUAAUAUAGUAGAAUAUUUUAUAAUGUCAUACAAUAAAUAGAAUAGAAACUUUCAUAGAAUCUGGUAGAAUAGAUUAGAACAGAAUAGAGUAGAAUAGAAUCUAUUCUACUAUAAUUUUAGCUUAGCUAUGACAAAGCAAGAGUGAGAGAGAUGUGCAAGAAAUGCUUCCUGAGAGAGGGGGAGAGAGAGAGAGAGAGAGCGCAGUAGUCUCCUCUUUUAUGCAGCAGGGAUCUGUCCAGCAGCACAGAGCAGUCAGAAACACCGCAGCAGACCACCGACUUCUCGCCACAACACACACCACACACUCACACACGCACAAACACACAUACAACUAGAGGAAGAGAGAGACAGAGGCGUAACCAGGAGAAGCAUCGUGAAGGAAAAGGAAAGCCACUCUUUUGUCUCCAUGGACACUCAACUUCCUCCGAGCACUUCAUAGUCCUUGUAGCGCAGCAUCGGGCUCUUGCCAUCCGCUUAAUAAUUCAUCAGGUCGGUCUCUGAGCUUUGAGCCUGCAGCGCUCACCAACUUUUCCUUCUCUAACUUUCGUACAGCAGCAGUCGGCUGUUUCAGCAACUCUCCUUUUAUACUUCAAACAGUUGGCACAGAGGCAGAGGAAAACAGGUUCAGGCACUUUGUGAGCGUCUUGUGUGUGUUUGUGUGAGUGAGAGUGUGUGGGGAGAGGGCAAAAGGUGUGUGUGUGUGUGUGUCAUCUGGACGGAGGGCAUCCUGGUCAUCUCAUUCUUGGACUUGGUACCCAUUUGUUAAACUGCAGCUCUUGUGGGACUAAACGUGCGAGACUGUGACGUGAGAAGCACUCUGGAGUCCACAGAGAGGCUCAUAUGGGACGUACGCCUCGUCUGUGAGCACCUGGUGAAAGCAGCUCUGUGCUGUCUUUAGGCUGUUGUAGGGGCUGUCUGUGCACCCUCGGAUUCUCUCUCAUCAUGGCUGGCUGUACCAGCCGCUGCAGACAGGGGGUGCUAAAGCUCAUUCAGUCCCUUCGGAGGCUUGUCUCCGGAACCCUCAGUAAAGAUAAAAUAGAUGAUGAAUUAGAGAUGACAAUGGUCUGCCAUCGGCCGGAGGGUCUCGAGCAGCUCGAGGCGCAGACAAACUUCACCAAGCAAGAGCUACAAGUCCUUUACAGAGGCUUCAAAAAUGAGUGUCCAAGUGGAGUGGUGAAUGAAGAGACAUUUAAGCACAUUUACGCACAGUUUUUUCCACAUGGAGAUGCCAGCACGUAUGCACAUUAUCUCUUCAAUGCGUUUGACACCGGAAAUAAUGGAUCCAUAAAGUUUGAGGACUUUGUGAUGGGACUAUCUACUCUACUGCGGGGGACAGUCAGAGAUAAACUAGAAUGGACAUUUCAUCUCUAUGACAUCAACAGAGAUGGAUUUAUCAAUAAGGAGGAAAUGACAGAGAUAGUGAGGGCAAUCUAUGACAUGAUGGGGAAGUACACGUAUCCAGCUUUAAAAGGGGACGUACCAAAGCAGCAUGUGGAUGCCUUCUUUGAGAAAAUGGACAAAAACAAAGAUGGAGUUGUGACAUUGGAGGAGUUUGUUCUUGCCUGUCAGGAGGAUGAAAAUAUGAUGAAAUCCAUGCAGCUCUUUGAAAAUGUGAUGUAGAGAAGAUCAACCAGAAGAAGAAAAUAGCAAAACAGAGAGUGGGAAAAAGAAAGCAAGAGGGAUUUAUGUUUAAAUAUAUAUUUGCUUUCACAUGGACUGAGUUCUGGGGGGAUAUUAUGGCCUGAGAGGGAUGAGAGUCUGUAGGCUUUGUUUUUCUCUCUCUAUUCAAACAUUGUAACAUAUUUAAUGUUGUCUCUUGCUGGUGUUUUGGGAGACUAUCAGCCCAGAAUCCACCUUGAUCCAGCCACGGAAGACUGCAUAUGUUUGAAAGGCAUUGUGCGAUGCCCGACUAGUGGGUGGCGAUGAUCAACACCCUUCUUUCCCCGUGAAAAGGAACGCCAGUCUCAAACUUUUUCCGUUUGCUUGACCCUAGAGCUCAGGACUCUUGGUGUACUGGAACUGCAUCCAGGAGGAAAUACAGCCUCCUAUGCUUGCUUUCUUGCCAAAAGAGCUUGCAUGAAAAAAAAAAAUGAAAAAAAAAAAACAGCAGAUAUGUUCCCUAUGAGUUGCUUGAAAAUUAUCUUGGCCUUCAAAAAUAGUUUUAUGAUUUAUCUAUGACAUGGGGUUUGAGGGAUACUUAAUUGGAUGUUGAUUUUGUGUCUUUGUGUUGUCAGCGUUGUUUGUUAGUAAUUGCUGUUUCCAGUCUGCCCGUUUAUGUCUAUCUGUCUCAGUACUUGCCAAGCCAUUUUUGCCCACUAGAUCAUAGUGAAUAAGGUGGGACAGAAGUUAAAAAUGUUUGUGUCUACGUGGGAGUAUGUGAGGAGUACUUAAGAGAUUACAAAUUCACAACUGACAAUCUAGUCCCUGGACAAAACAGUAUAUUUACGAGAACAAAAACCCAGAUAAAUUACAUAAAAUAAAGGUGGAAAGAAAUAUUUAUAUAGAGGUCAAGUGGUCAGGUUGAGUCAUAAGAAAUAUAAGCUAUGUAUAUAAUUGCAAGUGUGGUGCCACAUGAAGAAAUGUCCAGUGAGGCAAAUACAAACUGUGAAAACGAAAUAUCAGAAAUAUGCUGUGCAAUUCAAAUCUCAGUCAAAACUUAUUAAAACGUUUGUGGAAUUACA